AUGGACGCCGGCGGCGCGCGUCCAUCGGCACCGUCGGCCGCCGCUGCCGCUGCCGCAGCCGCGGGGGCCUCCGCCGCGGACGAGCCCCGGGACGCGCUGGUGGUGCGGGAGCUCCUGCGCUCGAUGGGUCUCGGCGAGGGCGAGUACGAGCCCCGCGUCGUGCACCAGUUCCUGGACCUGGCCUACCGAUACGUCGGAGACGUGCUCGGGGACGCCCAGGUCUACGCCGACCACGCCGGGAAGGCCCAGAUCGACGCCGACGACGUCCGCCUCGCCAUCCAGGCCAAGGUCAAUUUCUCCUUCUCCCAGCCGCCGCCGCGCGAGGUUCUCCUUGAGCUGGCCCGGAGCCGGAACAGAAUACCUCUGCCCAAAUCAAUUGCUCCUCCUGGCUCAAUUCCCCUCCCGCCUGAGCAGGAUACACUGUUGGCCCAGAACUACCAACUCCUACCUCCGUUGAAGCCACCACCUCAAUUUGAGGAAACAGAGGAUGAGAAUGAAGAAUCCAACCCAAGUCUGACGCCAAACCCAGCAAAUUCUAAUCCAACCUUCUCGCAGGAUCAGAGAAAUAACGAGCAACAGCACACUCCCCAGCAUGGUCAGAGGGUUUCAUUCCAACUCAAUGCUGUGGCAGCUGCUGCUGCAAAGCGUCCUCGGAUGACCAUUGAUCAGCUGAACAUGGGCUAA